UCGCUCAGCGCUUCACACGCACGCGACACCCGCAGUGGAAUCCGCCACCGGUGAGGCGGAAGAGGAUCAUGGACGGCGGAGGCGGUCAAGCGAUGGAGAAGCCGCCGCCGGAGCCCGCCCGCGCGGCGGCCGCGGAGGAGGUGGCGGCGCGGUUCAGGUCGCUGGUGGACCCCGACGACGUCGCCUCCAUCAGGCAGACGCAGCACCUCAUAAUGGGGCGAUUGCAAGAUAGCAAUGCAGUUCUCACACAUUUUAAUGAGUAUUCCGAGCAAUGCUUUGCAGAAGUGUCUAGUGAUUUUGCUAGUAAAACUCGCCUUCUCAAGUCCAUGAAGGCUGAUCUUGAGCAUAUUUUCACAAAGCUAAGAGGGAUGAAAGCAAGGCUGGCAGCCACUUAUCCGGAUGCUUUCCCUGAUGGUGCGAUGUCAAAGACCAUGGACCAAAGACCAGACCUUGAAAGUCCUCUGGAUUAGUCCAACGCCAAAAUUGGUGAAGUGACGAGAUAUAUGGGCGUAGGUGACUGAAGCAACAUAUCCUCAUUAUGUUGUUGCAGAAAAUUCUAGCUUUGAGGAACUUGUGUUUCUGUUUAUAUAGCUCUCUGUAUUAGAACUUAGAACUGGGCUUGAUAGAUCAGUAUAUAUUCUUUUUGCGUAAUUUUUGAAUUUUACUAGUAUUUUUUAUCAAAUCUAUUUAGAGCCGGUGGAUGGAGCAGUUAUCAAACUAAUCAUGAUGUGUACUCGCAGUACCAGUCAAAGUUUUUGGUUUGUGGUCUGUUGCGGAUAAA